AUGUCGGCGGGCGAAGAAGUGUUCGCGAAUCCGCUGCAAUCGACCGACGAGGACUCGACGGCCGAAAUUUCGCUUUCCGACGAAACUGAAGACACUUUCCGCACCGCCCGCACCGAUUUGACCGUCAAGGAGGUGCCGACAGAGCCAGAAGACGUUCCCGUCGCUCGGGAGAAUCGGGUCAGUCGGAAACGGAUGGACAUAUGGAAAAUUCGGCGAAAACGCUGAAGAAUGACGUAGAUUGCAAUUUUCUGCUCAUUUUCCCGGUUUUUCAGUCAGAACGCCCCCGUUUUGGCUACAAAAAUGUAAAUUUUCUGCAAAUAAAAGUGCGGAGGAAUGAUAAAACUGUGAAUAUUGUACUUGUUUGAGAGGCGUCAGACACCCUAUCAAUUGGCCCCCCACGUAUCACGACGAAAUUGACAGUUUUUGUCCUCUUUGUUUUCCAUUCCCUCAAAACCAUGUGAUUCUCCUGGUUUCUCUCUUUUCACUAUUGAUUUUCAUCUGAACAUUGUCGUUUUUCAGUAUCGAACCGAAGAAAUCAAUAUUGAUAUGGACUCGGCCGACGCGAUUCUCGUCGAUAUUUCCGACGCGCUCUCCGAGAGGGAUAAGGUACUGUUUUUUUUAAUGAAUUUCUCAGGAACAACACUAAAAUAUGAGACUCAUAAUUUUGCAGUUUUCUGAAAGGAGAUGCCUUUUUUGCCUUGUUUUCAGUAUGAAAUUAUUGAUUUUCAUAAGAAUUCAAUUUUCCAGGUGAAAUACACUGUGCACACACGGACGCGGCUCCAGGACAUGAAACCGGAGACGGCGGUGGUCCGGGAGCACGAGGAGUUUCUCUGGUUGCACGGCGUUCUCGAGGAGAACGAAUCCUACGCCGGCUUCAUUGUAAGACCCAUUUUUUCCCUGAUAAAAAUGGCCGAAUUCUCAUUUUGCCCAGAUUCCGCCAGCACCGCCGAAGCCGAACUUCGACUCGUCGCGCGAAAAACUGCAAAAAUUGGGCGAAGGUGAGGCGACGAUGACAAAAGAGGAGUUUUUGAAGAUGAAACACGAUUUGGAGCAGUUCGUUUCAUUCUUUGUUCAAUGAAAACAUUUUAAACAUUUGCAGAGAUUAUCUGGCGCAAUUCAAAAAGACGGUCGCAAUGCACGAGGUUUUUCUGCAGAGAAUCGCCGCGCAUCCCGUUUUUAAGAACGAUCAGAAUUUCCGCAUUUUUCUGCAAUACGAGAAUGAGGUGAGUCGGAGAAAGGGGUAAAAAUAGAUGAUUUUUCAAAAUAAACCAUUUUUGCAGCUGGCCGUGCGCGGAAAAAACAAGAAAGAGCAGGUGGAGUCGUUCUGGAAGCGUUUCACGCAAUCGGCCGACGAAGUGCUCCUCUCCGGACAGAAGGACGUCGACGAGUUUUUUGAGAAGGAAAAGAGCUACAUGGUCGAGUACAAUGUGCAUAUCAAGGAGGCCGCCGCCAAGUCGGAGAAAGUGAUCAGCGCCAGGAAAAGUACUGAAAAUUUGGGAAUUUUCUAGAUUUCUAGUGAAUUUUUGCAGAUGUCGUCAUGGCGUUCUCGAAAAUCGGCGACAAUUUCGAGCGAAUCGCGCGUGGAGAGCCGAACAAGAAACUAGCGAGAACGUUUGCUCAGGGAGCCGAUGGAAUGUUCAAACUCAAAAAAGUGGGACCAUUUUAGAUGAAAAUCUGAAAGUUGUGGCCGUGGCCUAGAGAAAUCCUAGGUCAUGGGAUCUUUUAUGAGUUCGGCACAGUCCUCAGACGUUGCCAACUGCUAACAGAGAAGAGUUUUGCACACCCAAGUUUUCUAGGCUACGGCCACAACUUUAACUGUUCGCUGUUCCGUUUUUGGCAUUUUAGAGAGUUGGGACUCGGGCAGUGUAUGACAGACACAAAAAUGUUAUAAAAUUUGAGGGUUCCCUGGUCCGUUCUUAAAUCCUCCUGAAAUGCCACAAGUUUCUCUGGCUUUCAAAUAAUUGUGAAUUUCAGGUGGAAUCGCGUGCGGCGAACGACGAAGAGCUGAAACUCGGCGACACUCUUCACUAUUUCGCGCGUGACACGCAGGCGGCCAAAGAUCUGCUGUACCGUCGGAUGAGGUGUCUCGCCAACUACGAGGCGGCCAACAAGAAUCUGGAGAGGGCCCGCGCCAAGAACCGCGAGAUUCCCAAGGUGAUUUCGGGGAAACAAUAGAGUUUUCUGUGAUUUUCUAGCCACGCCAUUAUUUUUCUAGAUUUUUCUCAAGUUUUCCUCUCAAUUUCAUUUUUUCGCUUUCAGGCAGAAGCCGAACAGACGGAAGCGUGCAAAAAGUUUGAGGAAAUCACGGGAUUAGCAAAAACAGAGCUGAAAGAGCUGAAAGUGCGCCGGGUGCAGGCGUUCAAGAAGAAUUUGACCGAUUUGGCCGAACUGGAGAUCAAGCAUUCCAAGGUACCCUUUUUUGGCCAACCUUUUCGUUGGCCGGUCCUUGUCCUGGACUUUUAACCCACUUGCAAUAAUCGGAUCGGACCCAAACUUUGCAGGUUUCUUGGACAUGGAUUGAAGUAAACUGCGUCCAAAUUUCACUCGGCUAACCUCUGUAACUUUUGCGCAAAUCUUACGCAACUUGCCAGCUAAUGGUGCGUAACCUUCGCUCUAUAGUUGCAGAGGCUUGCCGAGCAGCCCGAUCGGGACCAGAUGAUCCGAUCGGGCUAAAACUUGGACCCAAGAUACUUCAAUUAGUGCCCAAGAAGCCGGCGAAGUUUUUUCGAUCGCAUCAUUGCAAGUGGUUCAAGAGUCCAGGUAAAGGGUCGGCCAAUUGCCCAGCCCUGGGUUUCAGGCUGAAAAUAAAAACACAAUUUCCAGGCCGAAAUCUCACUUCUCCGCGACGUUGUCGACCGAUUGCGAAAGAGCAGCGAAUAA